AAUAAACUGAUUGACAUUUUUUUUUUUGAAAAUUGUUGGAAGUGUUGUAAUUAAUGGCAAUAUUUUGAUAUUUUACUGAAACUAAAAAUUGAUUGCCAUUUAAGUCGUAAUGGUUUUGGGCGAAAGUUUUAAGCCGUUUUCACCGAAACGUAAAUCCGAGUCAUUGGUAUCGGAGCCGAAAUUGGCGGACAUUUCACCACCCGAUGUAUCAAACGAGACAUUUGUCUUCAAAUAUACGCUGUCUUUCUUAGCCGCCUCUUGUGCUGAAACUAUUACAUAUCCAUUGGAUCUCAUUAAAGGAAGAUUACAAAUCCAGGGCGAGAAAGCACUGGUGAAAUAUGAGUGCCAUAAAGGAAGUAAAUUGAUUGCUAACCGAGGAAUGGCCGGUACAGCUGUUGGUAUCGUCAAUGAAGAAGGAUUUUUUCGUCUUUGGCAGGGAUUAUCUCCCGCUAUAUAUCGACAUUUAGUAUAUUCUGGAGUUCGUAUGACUUUAUAUGAAUAUAUUAGAGAAGAAAUGUUAGGUAAGAAUUCUGACGGAACGAUACCAGUUUGGAAAGCAAUCAUUGGAGGAAUGGCAGCCGGAAUGACAGCCCAAUUCCUGGCCAGUCCGGCCGAUUUGGUUAAAGUUCAGAUACAAAUGGAAGGCAAACGUCGCUUACAAGGACUUGAACCCCGAGUUCAUAACGCGAGUCACGCUUUCAUGAAAAUUUUAUCUGAAGGAGGAGUUAGAGGCCUUUGGAAGGGUUGGGCACCUAAUGUCCAAAGGGCUGCGUUUGUCAAUAUGGGAGAUCUGACCACUUAUGAUACGGCAAAACAUUUAAUACUAAAACAUACAAAAUUAAAAGAUGAUGUCUUUACUCACGCACUUUCCAGUGUAUGUUCAGGACUUGUUGCUGCUAUUCUCGGAACACCAGCUGAUGUGGUUAAGACACGAGUUAUGAAUCAACCGACAGAUUCUAAGGGCAGAGGAAUGUUAUACAAGUCAUCUAUCGAUUGUUUUAUACAAUCAGUUAAAGGCGAGGGAUUUUUCUCACUUUACAAAGGAUUCAUUCCCUGUUGGAUACGUAUGGGUCCCUGGAGUUUAGUAUUUUGGAUGACAUAUGAAGAAUUGCGAAAAGUAACGGGAGUCACGUCUUUCUAACUAUUUAUCAACUAUUUUCCCAAUCGUUUUGUUAUAUUCAAGACAAUCAU